CCCCAAUCCUCUCUGUCUAUCAUCAAUUUCCCCCUCCAAUUCCUCUCCUAUCUCAAUCAACAAAUUCAAAAAACAAAAACCCCAUCGAUUUCCUUCGUUUCUUCUGUGACUCCAAAAACAAGCAACCAUCAAUCAACCAUGACGGGUAAGGCGAAGCCCAAGAAGCAUACCGCGAAGGAGAUCGCAGCUAAGAUCGACGCAGCCACCACUAACAGAGGCGGCGGAAAGGCUGGCCUCGCCGACCGGUCUGGCCAUGAGAAAGGCGGCCACGCCAAGUUUGAAUGCCCGCACUGCAAGAUUACGGCUCCUGAUGUCAAGUCUAUGCAGAUUCAUCACGAGUCCAAGCAUCCCAAAAUCCCUUUUGAGGAGGACAAGGUUACAAAUCUCCACGCUGUUCGUGUUACUGCCGAGGCGUCGAAGCCAAAACCGGGUGUGAGAGGCAGCUACAAAAAGUGAAUAUAAUCCGGAUUCAUGAGGAUGGAUGAAAGUACAUUAAUGGGGAAUGAUUGAUGGUUGGCCCAGCUAUGAAAGGAGGAAAUUCGUAAUUCUCGAUGCCUCUGUGGUCGUCAUGGCUUUACUUGUGUAAGUUCAAUGUUUGAUAUUUAUAUGGUAGUUACUUGAGGUUUUACAUAACUUUUUUAAAAACUACCAUGUUUCAGGAGAAAAAGUAGUUUUCUGACAGGGCAUCUCAGGUGUUGGGAAUAAGUUUUAAUCGUAUUGCCUCUUUAUGGUAGUUGUGUUUAAUUUUACAGAAGUGAAUUAUGUUAGCUGUUAUAAGAGCUUAACCGUUUGGUAUAAGAUAGCUUUUGCAAAUCAGAUAACGACACAAGUAUCUUUAUUUCUUUGUUGUUUUAGUUCAACGGUUGCAUAGAUGAUCGAAUCAUCAAUUCUAGGGAUGAUAAUUUUUGUCGGCUUGCAUUGGUAAGUGCAAGUAUGUAGUCAUGGUUGUUCUUUAACCAAGUCUUUGCAAUAAGUUAAUGCCUCAUCUUUUUGUCCUACCUCAUGCCUCAUCUUUCAUUCCAAUCUAUCAAUAUCUAUGCAUUUAUAUGAAUGUAUUUGUGUUCUUUUAACUUAGGCUCCUAUUUUACCUAUUUGUUUUUGACUUGCAUUUGGUCUCCAAGAAGCUACUGCACCGUAAUCACUCUUCUUUUUUGCAGCACUGAUCCUUAGUGGUUAAUUCCAAUCCUCUUGGUAUCCGACUCGGUUUUUAAGGCUUGGUUUUGAUUCUUAUGUAAUUAUAUUGUCUAAACUCCUUUUCCUAUAGAAUCUUGUACCUUCUCUUAAAUUCAAAACUUCUCCUUGAUAUUGAGCCAGAUAAUGUUCUGAUGAUAGAGCUUUAUCAUUGGGCCAGGUUUUAAUUGGCUUGGUAAGAUAGAUUACAUUCGGGAGAAAUCCUUCAAAAUUUCUCAAAGUCGGUAGCGCAUUCAAUUGGGGAUGAUAGAAACGGCAUUUUGCUUCACUGUUUGGUUUCUUGUGUUCUAUGGUGCUAGUUGUUGUUUAUUUGGUGUUUCUGCUUAAUGUCUUUGUUAGCUGUAUUUGCUUUUACCUUUUAGGUUCGAUCCUGGAUUGACAUGGAUUGACGUAGUGUUAGAAAAGUGAUUCUCAUGAUUGAUUAAUAGGUUAUGAGUUCAAUCCAUGAUAACCAAGAAUUAAUUUUUACAAAUUUUUUGACAUUUAAA